UUGUUCUAUAUAAACCAUGUUCUCUAUCUCUCCUUCCUUCACAUUUCAUUCCAAAACAUUAACUAAAAGUUUCUAUGGCUUCUAAGGCUCUUGCAGUUACAGCUCUUCUUCUCACACUUAAUCUUCUUUUCUUCACUUUUGUAACCUCCACAAAAUGUCCACCAACUACUCCUAAACCCCCUAAGUCUCCAAAGAAGGACCCUGCGGUUAAACCCACUUGUCCUACCGACACACUUAAGCUCGGUGUUUGCGCAGACUUAUUGGGUUUAGUUAACGUUCUUGUUGGUUCUCCACCUAAGACUCCUUGUUGUUCACUUCUUCAAGGUCUUGCUAAUCUCGAAGCUGCUGUUUGUCUCUGCACCGCUCUUAAAGCCAAUGUCUUGGGGAUUAAUCUCAAUGUUCCAAUUGAUCUAAGCUUGCUUUUGAACUAUUGUGGCAAGAAACUUCCUUACGGUUUCCAAUGUGAUUGAAGAUUUGAGAUUUAAAAAGAUAAAAGCUCUUUGGUUUGCAAUGUUUGUUUCUACUGUUAUCUAUUGUUUUUGUGAGAAAUAUGCAAAUUAAUCUCCAACCUUUUGUUUCUCUCAUAUUGAGUUUGAUGUAAUCUUUGAGCUUGUUAAUGAAACCUUUUAAUGUAUCUCUUUUAUUAA